AUGACCACGGCGAAGGAAGGCGGCGCGCCGGCGAAAUCGGCUCACCAGCAAGAACAGGAGCUGGUGGGCAGCAACCCUCCGCAGAGGAACUGGAAGGGAAUAGCGAUCGCCCUCCUUGUCAUUCUGGUCAUCUGCUCGAUGAUCGUCACCUCCGUCAUCCUGUUGACACCAGGUGAAGACGACCACCUGGCUCUCAAGAGCAAGCUGACGGUCGCGGACCUCUUCAGAAAAGACUUCAAAGUUCACGACCCCAACGCCAAGUGGAUCAGCAGCAACGAGCUGCUGUACCGCGAUCGAGACGGAGACGUCGUCAAGUUCAACGUCGACUCCGACAAGAAGACCGUCCUGGUGCACAACAAGAAGUUUGAGAUGUACAAAGCCAGCAAGUACGAGGUGUCUCCCGACAUGAAGCACGUGCUGCUGGCCUACAACGUCGCUCCGGUGUACCAGUAUUCUUACACGGCCUUCUACAUCAUCUGCAAUCUGGAUACUCCGGCGACGUGGAACUUGAACCCCCCGGAGGUCAAGAAUGCUCAGCUGCGGUUCGCGGGCUGGGGGCCCCAGGACCAGCAACUGAUCUUCGUUUUUGAGAACAACAUCUACUACCGCUCCAGGGUGGACAACCGAUCCAUUCGCCUGGUGUCUACUGGCAAAGAGGGCGUGAUCUUCAACGGGCUCAGUGAUUGGCUCUAUGAAGAGGAGAUCCUCCGGUCCCACGUCGCCCACUGGUGGUCGCCGGACGGCGCCCGGCUGGCGUACGCCACCAUCAACGACAGCCUGGUGCCCCUGAUGGAGCUGCCCAUGUUCACGGGCACGCCGUACCCGACGGGGAAGGAGUACCACUACCCCAAGGCCGGCGAGGAGAACCCGGUCAUCACUCUGUACGUGGUGAACCUCAACGGCCCUCUGCACACCAUCGAGAUGAGGCGACCCGACGACCCCCGCAUGGGUGAGGACUACGUCACCAUGGUGAAAUGGGCCACCACCACCAAGCUGGCCAUCAACUGGCUGAACCGGGCCCAGAACAUCUCCAUCCUCACGCUGUGUGAGGCCACGACGGGGGUCUGCACAAAGAAACAUGAGGAUGAAACUGAAGGGUGGCUUCACAGACAGAACGAGAAGCCUCUGUUCUCCAAAGACGGGCUGAAGCUGUUCUUCACCCGCGCCAUUCCACAAGGAGGCCGGGGCAAGUUCUUCCACAUCUCCAUGUCCAUCUCCCAGCCCAACACCAGCACGGACACGCUGCAGUCCAUCACCUCCGGGGACUGGGACGUCACCGAGGUCCUGGCCCACAACGAGGACAGCCAGCUGAUAUACUUCCUGAGCACCGAGGACGGCCCGAAGCGAAGACACCUGUACAGCGCCGACACCUUCGGCUCGUUCAACCGCCGCUGUCUGUCGUGCGCGCUGUACGACGGCUGCGACUACAUCAGCGGCUCCUUCAACCUCGACAUGAGCUACUUCCUGCUGCACUGCCAAGGGCGGGGCGUCCCGUUCGUGGCCGUCUACAAGACGCAGAGAGACGGCGAGAGCGAGACGCAGGACAGGGAGAGCAUCGCAGAGGUGCACAAGCUGGAGGGCAACGAGAAGCUGCGGCUGACGCUGGACGCCAUGCAGAUGCCCAUCGUGGAGUACAAGGAGAUCCACAAGGAGGACUACACUUUGUCUCUGAAGAUCCUGAAACCCGCCGGCUUCAUAGACGGGCACCACUACCCACUGCUGCUGCUCGUCGACGGGACCCCCGGUGGCCAGACGGUGGCGGAGCGGUUCCGGGCGGACUGGGCCACGGUGCUGGUGAGCAGCUUCGGGGCCGUGGUGGUGCUGUGUGACGGGCGGGGCGGCGGCUUCCAGGGCACCACCCUGCUGCACCGGGUCCAGAGGAGGCUGGGCCUGUACGAGGAGCUGGACCAGAGGGAGGCGCUCAGAUUUAUGUUGAAGGAGCCGUACGUCGACAAAACCCGAGUUGGAGCUUUUGGGAAGGUGUACGGAGGCUACGUGACCUCCCUGCUGGUCAGCGGCGAGGAUUCCCCCUUGAAGUGCGGCGCCGUCCUCUCGCCCAUCACCGACUUCGAACUAUACGCAUCUGCGUUUUCAGAACGAUACCUCGGACUGCCUAAACCUGACCCGAGGGCGUACACGAUGGCAAAUCUCGCCCACAGAGCGUCUCAGUUCGUGGAUAAGAAGUUUCUUAUUAUUCAUCCAACAGCCGACGAAAAGGUCCAUUUCCAACACACAGCCAAGUUCAUCGCCCAGCUCAUCAACGAGAAGGCCAACUACACCUUACAGAUCUACCCGGACGAAGGCCACUUCCUCCACAGCGAGGCCACACGGCAGCACCUGAGCCAGUCCCUGGUGAACUUCUUCGAGGAGUGCUUCAGGCUACCGGAGCCGCUGUUUGAGGAGGCUCUGGAGGAGGAGAGCGAAGACGAGGGUUAGCUCUCGCCCCGUGGGCCCUAAACCCUUCCCCGCCCGUACGAUCGCCCGCCUGACCUCCUGACCUCCGUCCUCGACCCCCUACGCCCAAAAAGCACAACGCUGACAUACAGUUGUGCAGAACAUGUGCAGACUCUCGUCCGUUCCUGCUCCGAUUUUUUUCCGCAUUUGGACUCCGCCCCUCCCUGCGUCCGCAUGCCCGAACCCCCAGACUGCCUUUCCAGCAGUACGACGGAUCCGCCCCUCACGUCCAUCUUCAAACCCAGAGUUCAAAUCCUAAAAAAAACAACCCUCCCGGAGAGCCAGCAGACAGACCGGUGACCUUCGAGAAGCAGCAGAGACAACAAAGCAUCCGGCUUUCACUCAAACUUUACACGCUGCGAGGAGAAGGAACGCCUUCCGGCACACGUGACUCCAGGGGCACGCCCAUCGGCGGCGGGGGGGAAUCAGACGCCCGGUGACGAACACUUUGGCUCACACUGGCGACGACGACACAGGAAAUGUUACGAUUUUUAAAAAAGUUGUGAAGAACCUCCAUGUUGGAUUGUGGUUGUGUCUAUUGUACCUACAAGUAUGUAAAGAAAAGGAAAAGCUAGCACACAAGCUCUCACUCGGCAAUGCUGGAUAUAUUAUUUUCUUUUGGUAUUCAUGUUUUCGACCCCCCCCCCCUGUUGUUCAUCUCGUAGCCUCUAUUUUUGUGUCUCGGUGAUGCUGACAGAAUUCGCUGACUUGCACAAAAAAAAAAUGUUUGGAAGAAGAAAAAAUGCUCCGUUUUGUUUUCCUGAUGAAUCGUAUUUAUGCAUUUUAUUGUGACGCUCCGGUUUUCCCGAACGUUUGGUCUCGACGAGCAAACAAGCAUCACGUUGUUUUCGUCCCUGUGCCUUAAACUGUCAGAAAACACCUCACACAAGGCCGAUUUUGGAGAAAUUGUUAGAUUUUUGGGGAAAUGCACUUGGUGUAGCUUCUUGUCGAGAGGUAGGAGAUGAAAUGUGGUUCCCAAUAACUACGAAGCUAUCUUAGCUUAGCAUAAAGACCGGAAUUAAAGGGGGGAAAAGCACUAUUACAUUGUAAUAACACAUUUAAAAAAACAAAAGUGUGAAACCCACUACAGGUUGUAGUUUUAUGGGCGGCUAUGACCUGGACCUCGACUUUAUGGAUUCUCUAUAGUCGUUCACCCCCCCCCUCU